ACUCGCGUGUACACUUGCCAACUCGAUACUAAAAUUAAGUACAUGCUAACAACAAAAGAAUCGCCGUCCGUGUCGGUUCUUGGUUCUUGUGAGAGAUAUGUAUUCUUUGGUAUGGUGGUUUUGGUAUUAGGUAUAGUUUUUUUUUUCGAGUAUUCGAGUGGUAGUGGUAGUAAAUAGAAAUCCAGCCAGAUCUUUUCAAUCUUUUUGUUUGGUAUUUUUGUUAAGAUACAUCCAAAAUGAAUUUUAUCGAAAUCUUAGCUGGUCAAUUAAAAUCAUUGGAAAAUAAAAACAUGGUGUUUGAACUAUAUAAGAAUAUUGUUAAGAAAAAUGUAACUAACAUACAAGACUUUAUUGAAUUCAGUUUUCACGUCCCAUUGGAUUCCGAUAGUUUCUUAGAAUUACUAAUAAGAAAAUUUGACGAAUUAGAUAAAGACGAAUUGCGAAAUAUGGAUGGACAAGUUAAAGCCUACCUGCUCACUUACAUACAUUAUUGUACAGAAUACAAUAAAACCUUAGUUAAAACAACGAUAUUGGCAUCCAAUCUUUUUAUGAAGCUUAUAUUAUUACCUAACAUCGGAAAAUAUUUUUUUGAUUCUUACAUAUUACUGGUACAAAUAAGGACUUUUGUAAAAACGAUAGUGACAAAUCCAACUUUACCUGCAGAAACAAUCAUGAACACCAUGCAAUUAUACAAAGAGUGUUGCAUUAAAGAACACUUAGAUACAAAGAUAUUAAUAGGAGUAUCUAACCUAUUUGUGUUAAGCAUGAUAAAUAGUUCUAGGGCUCCUAUUGCCAAUUUCGAUGCAGCUCCGCCAAUUGCAAGAUUUGCUAUGACUAGUCUAAUGGAAAUAAUCGCAGCAGAGAGAGACGAACUAAAAUUAAGAAGCAUUAUGAUAUGUUUCUUCAGUCUAUUAUCAGAAGAUUCCCAGGAAUAUAUUCACUGCCCCAUUGCAGCUCUAAGUAUGAUUAAAGUGUUCAUAAGAGACGUUUUGCAAAAUCAAAUUGGCAAUAACAUGGAACACUUCUUAGAUUCUUUUGGCUUGUACUGGAAAAAUGAAACUUUCACUAAGUUUGAGGAAGCAGUUGAGAUCAUGAACAUUUUACAUCGUAGCCAUUACAGUGAUCUGAUCAAUCACAUGUGUAUGUUUACAAUGUGUGACAACCAUAAGAUUUAUUGGGAAAGAAUUAUGUACGUGGUGCUUGCUAUGGCUAGAAAUCCACCGCCAUUUGAUACGAGUGUAUUUGCAGAGUAUUAUAUCAUCGCAGUAGACAACAUUGUAAGCUGGAUUGCUGAAGAAGAUAAAACAAAGUCAAAUAAAGUUCUUGAUAUGGUCGCCAAGUUUUGUCUACUUGAUGACAGUCCAUUGGUUAAAGUCGUCUUUCAGCCACUGCAAAAAUAUGACGUGUUCGGCGGACGACACGUGAACUUUUUUAUUUCUGCAAUAAAGAAAUUGGCUGAGAGCAGAUGGGGAGUCAGUCCAAGGAAUCAAAAUCUGUUGGUAAUUUUGAUGAAGGUUAUAGAAGCAAGUAAACCUCUUAAUGGACACAAGUUGUGUAAAGCCGUGGAAGCACUCUGCGUAGAUUAUACACCUAGUGUAAUGCUACCAUCACUUCCAAUUUUACAUAGACUAUUUUGCAAUUUAAUGGAGAAGAAACAACAAAUUUGUGCUGGACUUGUAAUGGAAAUUAUGUAUAACUGUGCUAUGCAUAGUGACGCUGCUUCUCAAACAUUUUUAUUGCAUCUUUUCCAUUCCAUGACACGAAAAUCGUCAUUGAAGAUCCACAAGCUAUUAUAUUAUACUAAAGUUCUGUUAACUAAGAAUUUUAAGUAUGAUGCUUUGUUUAAUAAAAUGAAGAAAUAUAUAGGGCCUCCUGUCAUCAAUUUGGUGAUCGACAAUUUUAAUCUACGAGAGAAAUCAUUUGCAAUACUUUUAAAGUGCUUAGUUAUUCAUAGUUCAGUUGAAUUCACUGACCUCAUGAUACUUCUCGUAUAUGUUCAUGAAAGCUUUGAUGAGCUCAGUUCCUCAGGUGCUCUGGGUCCCUUAUGUAGUGCCCUGGACAAAAUACUUCAAUCAAGAGCAAUUUUAGAGAACGAGGUAGACAAUUUGGAUAGGUUAUAUGGUUUAAUAAUGAAUGGCCUUUUUACUCAAAGUUUCCACCCAGAUAAUAUCAAAAAUGUUUAUCGGCUUUUGAUGAGAAUAAAAACUAUUCUUGAUAUUGAUAAUAAUCGUGAGCUGAACCAACUUAUGGAAAUUAUGUCAGAAAGAGCAUUGAGAGGGAUAUAUGUGAGAAGAGCAGGAGAUCUUGGAAUAAUCACAUACCUCAAUGAACUAUGUCUUGUGAUGCAGAAGCCACCAUUACCGUACGUUAUUAAUACCAUAGAACAUAUGAUGGAUGAUGACGACGAAAAGGAAGAAAUUAAAAAUUUGUUUCCUGAUAUUUACAUACAACUACUUUCCCUCUUCACAAUUCAUGGCAUGUUGAGGAAAGUAAAAGCAUCAGUUGCCGUUAAGCAUCUAAAACAAGUUUUAAAGGAUGGAAACCCCGUCUAUAAGUUGGCAGGAUUCAAGAUGUAUUACUCUCUUUGCAAAACGAAAAUUGUCAGAGAUUAUGAACCUGUUUUUGAAUUUGUCUUCAGGGAGAUAAUGAAUUCCCACGUUUUAAUAACGAAGACUUGUCUACAUGCUAUAGAGCUACUAAUUCAUAAUAAUCUUUUAAAAUUAGACCACGAGCAAUUUUUCAAGUGCAUACAUGUGAUUGGCUGUGAGAAUGUAUCGAUUUAUUCCAAAACAUUAAUGUCAACAAGAUUCAUGCCAACUAGUCAGAAUGAUGUUGCUAUACAUUACGUCAGAAGUAUGGUGUACCUUCAUCACUAUACAGGGUUGUCCUGCUAUCCGAUUACUUCGGAGUUUGAUAAUGUACUGAUAAAACUCGAAAUAAAGAUGAACUGUAAGCAUGAGAUACCAUUGUUUUUAUUUACAAACGUAUCCAUGAAAUACAAGUUUCAUAUUUUACUAGAAGCUUCAUCAGUCUUUGAUUUAAUCGUAGCAGGCGAAUGUAUAAUAGAUGACAACUUUUUCAUCCUAAUGAAUACGUUGUGUUUAACCUUCCGAUAUAUUCAAAAUCCAUCUGCAGAAUCAGGCAACAUUCCCAGAAAUUACUACGAAAAUGUGAUGAAUUUUAUAGAAAAGAAAAUUGUUGAACAUUGUCGUUCAUACAAACCUGAAAAAGCUUAUACGGAAUAUGAGUCAACGAUUAAAAAAUGUACAUUGUCCAUAUUGAAUCUACUAUUUUGGAACAACAUAAAUGUGUCCCAUAAGAUCCAAAUUCCUUUAUUUGACGCUGUAAUGCAUUGGAUAGAUUUUGUCAAGGAUGAGAUCGUUAGCUAUAUCUAUCAAGACAAUUCAAAGGCCUAUGGAAAGUAUUUUACAGACUUAGUUGCAUAUUAUAAUCUUCACAGGGCAAGGUUUCAAGAGCAAAAAAGUUUUGCACUCGAAAUAGAUACAGAUAAAAGCUUGCCGCCCCUAUUACCAGAACUGAACAGGAUUCAGGAUCCAUCUAUUCCAUCAGGUUCUGGGCAGAACUGAAAUAUUAUUGUUUAAUAAAGUAUUUUGUUUGUUAAAUAAAUGUUGAUGUAAUGCAGUAACAAGAAUUCAAAACUAAAGAAGUGAUGUAACUGUUAUGAUAGUAAGAGUUACGAGAACACUAAACAUUAUAAUGAUCUAGUGGGAGAUUCAAUUGAAUGGCACUAUUUUUAAUCAGUUCUUAGUACUAAAUCAAUAACGUUAUUGACAAAGUUUGAACAAGAUUUUCUUAAAUUCAAUAUUACGAAAAAAAUUAAAAACAUUCAAAAUUCCCACCAAUGUUUUACUUGACACAAACUGUCAAUUCCCUCUGAAAAAAUUUUUAGGUUAGAAAGUUUUCUGUAACGUUUAUGAUAUAAACUGCUCGUCAAAAGUUAGGGAUAUAGAAAAUUAUGCUGAUUUUCAUAGUUGAUUUUUUCGCGAACAGACGGAUUCCGCUAUCUUUUGUAUUUUAGCCUUUUCUUUAGUAUUUACACAGUUGUGCAAAGGUUUACUCAAACUUAUUUUUUGUACUUAUACCGGGUGGAAGAAAAAAUAUGUUUUUCUUGUGUUAAGUUUGAGACACCCUGUAGGGAGAACGAGGUACAAAUGUAGUAUACAUCAGAAUAAUAUUGUAGUCUUAUGUUUUGUGAACAUGCUGUUGUUUGAAUGUCCCUGAUAUCUUUAGAAACAAAAAAAUAGACGGUUUUGUAAUUUAACAUGUGUUUUAACCGAAACAAAAGUUUGAGACACCUUGUAGGGAGAAAAAGGCACAAAGGUGAGUAUACCCCGAUAUUAUAUUGUAGUCUCAUAUUUUUUGAAUGUUUUAUUUUUUAAAUUUUUCUGAUAUCUUUAAUAACAGAGAAACUAGACGAUAUUACUCUUUAAUAUGUUUUUCACAUGUUUCACAUGUUUUCAGUUAAAAUACACACUAAAGAGUAAUAUCGUCUAGUUUCUUUGUUAUUAAAGAUAUCAGAGAAAUUAAAAAAAUAAAAUAUUCGGAUCGGUUAAAACAUAUGUUAAAUUACAAAACCGUCUAUUUUUUUAUUUCUAAAGAUAUCAGGGACAUUCAAAAAAAUGUUCACAAAACAUAAGACUACAAUACGAUUUCGAUAUAUACUCCCAUUUGUACCUCGUCCUCCCUACAGGGCGUCUCAAACUUAACAUUUCUUUUCUUCCACCCGGUAUAAGUACAAAAUACAAGUUUGAGUAAACCUUUGCAUAACUGUGUAAAUACUAAAGAAAAGUCUAAAAUAAUAAAAAAAAAUUAGCGGAAUCUGUUAAUCUCUUCACGAAAAAAUCUACUAUAAAAAUUCAGCAGAAUUUUCUAUAUCCCUAACUUUUGACGAGAAGUUUAUUAUGAUAAACGUGUAUAUUUUAGUUUUCUGUAUGUUACGUUUAUAUGUUAUAUGAGGAGUAACUGCAAAACUCACAUUUUCCACUUAUUCAAAUUUUACAGGAACUAAAAAACUUAAUUUAAAAAAUUAACAAUUUUUAUUUGUUAUUUCUUUUUUGUAAAUAGUGUAACAUAAGCAACGUUUUUAAUAGUUUAUAAAAUCAUUAACUGGUCUAAUAAGGCAGAAAUUCCAGAUAAAAUGUUGAAUAAUGUGAAUUUUGUUUAUUAUCGUUUUUCGUAUUUUUGUUUCCUUGGUUUUUCUGUGUUAGAAGUAUUAACUGGAGUUACAUUUAAUUCCAUUUUAUAAAUAUUCGAAAAUAUAAAAUUACAUUAAGGUAUUACUUCAUUUACAAAUUACAGUAAAACCUCAAUAUAACGGACCUCUAUUUAACGGACUUCGGAUAUAACGGACAAGAAAAUCCGGUCAAAUGUGAAAAAAAUUAAAAACGUCUUUAAAUUAAAAAAUUUAAAAAAUCUGUAUUUUACAAAGAGUUCCAAUAAACUUUUUACAAUGCGCAUAAUGCGGACACAUAUCUAAUUGUAAAAAAACAGCAAUCUUCAAAAGUGCAAAUAAAACAUUUUUUGUUUUAUUUUAAACCUAUUUUUAUAUAACGGACUUUUGCCUUUAACUUUUGUCUUCCCAAUUAGUCCGUUAUAUCGAGAUUUUACUGUACUAACUGAAAUAGCAAAAACAACUCACUACUGCACAGCUUUUAUAAAACCCAGCCACACCAUAUUUUAAACACAUGGGUCAUGUUACCGAAAUGCGUGCCUCUGAUUAGACGGAAGGAAAGGAAUGUGACAUUUUGAAAAUGACUCUUGUUUUUGUACUUGAUUUUAUAUGAGAUAUUGUUAGUUUUUGUUUUAAUCCUAUGUUACACACUAUGUUUUUCAACAUGUACAACUGGAAUCAAUUAAAAAGUCGUAUUUAAAAAAGUGGAGAAUGUGAGUUUUGCAGUUAGACCUCUCAUAUGUGUAUAAUAUAUAAUACAGCGUUUUUGAUAAAAGCAAUCUUCAGUUUUUCAAUCUCUGGCGGUCACUGCUUCUUCGACAUCUCUCUUGGUCCACCUCGUUUUCUUCUAGUGAUCGGAGCCAUUUCUCUUUUUUUUUGGCCAUUAAUUUUCAGGCAUUCUUUGCAGGUGUCCAAACCAGGUUAGUCUUUUGGCUUCAAUUGUGUCUAUUAUGUCGUAAAUCAAUUUCCUUUCUCUACAAAUAUCUUUGUUUCUCAGUCUGUCAAGGCUAGUGAGCCAGCAACAUCAUUUCCAAUAGUUAUUUCCAUGGCCUUAAUUAUUGAUUUGUUUUUAUCUUGCAGAGUUUGGCGCCGUACACUUUCUGUUAUCGUUUUAUAAAUUCUUAUUUUAUUUUCUUUUGCUUUUUUGUUACUCCACAGUAGUCCUUGUAACUGUCUAGUAGCUGAUCUUGCUUGUCCAAUCUGGGAUACUAUUUUGUCAUUGCUUCUUGAUUUUGAUAUUAUUUUGACUCACCAAGUAUUUAAAGAUUUCAGUUUAUUUUAUAGUUCCCAGUUUGUCCCUGAUUUUUCUCCUGCAAAUAAGUACUCGCUUUUUGGUAUAUUAAUUGUAAGGCCCCACUUGGUGUCCUUUUCCAGUUUUCUGCGCAUAUAGUCUCGUCUUCCGCUAGAAUAGCUUGUCUUCGAAGUGUAUCGUGUACAAUAUCUCGUCUUCUAUUGGGAUGCUCAUAUUGUAUCACUUUCUUCUCCACAUUGAGAGCGCCUCAUUCAGAUAUUUCUUGAAGAGUGUAGGUGCUAUGUUGUUUUGCGUUGCUUUAGACCCUUGCUAAUAGCUGUGGUUAAUUUGUUGCCAGUUUUAAUGUUUGCCGUCGGAGUUUUGUAAAACUGUUGUACUGCUUUUAUGUUUUGUUUUGUUUAUCGUUUGAUUUAAUUUAGGAUUUCCUCGCAACUUUAAAUCUAAUGCCACAUUUUGGAAAAAGUUUUGAAUUCUUAAUAUUUUAUUGAAAAUAAAUGAGUUACCUGCAUUACAUCAUUUAUUACCUACUAUAUUUUAAUACAAAUGUUCCUAUUUUUUUACUUAUUUUAAUAAAGAAACUUUGAAAAUAUAA